CAUGAUUCAUCACUGCUUCCGCUGUCCACACGUACAUCCCAUCUCAUCAGUUCGAGUCACAAGUCUGUCUCCAUCACCAUGUCAUCUCCCAUAAAUUUUUCCAAAUGCCUUUAAUUUCUACAUAAAAGAGGUCAUCAGCUCCAACCCCACAUUUAUACAUGCGUGCAGUAGCAGUAGUACUACACCUAUUGCCCACUAGAUAAAUGCAAGAGGCCUCUGUAGCUCAUCACAGCCAUGAGUCUCUCUUUCCUCAGAAAACUCAAGAACCAUUUGCGCUAUCAUGAGCACUAGUUCAGAAGAGAGGAUGUUUGAGAUGGAUGCCGAGCCACCACCGGAACCACAGUCCACUCCAAUGCACUAUCAAACUACUUGCCACAUCAUUGAGCAGGGAAUCCUUGGGAGAUGCACGCAAGUGGAAAUGGAGAUAUACGAGAGGGCCAUGGAGCAUGUGAGGGACAUGGGGGAGGAGAGGAAGAGGAGCAUCUUGAAGAGGAGGCUCAUGGUGAGGCUAAGGAAGGAUGGCUACGAUGCAUCUCUCUGCAGGUCUUCUUGGGUUGCCACCACCCAGCAUCCGGGAGGUGCUCACGAGUACAUCGAUGUCCACGUGGCGGGGGAGGGCGGGGCCAUCGGCCGGUCCAGGCUGAUCGUGGACAUAGAUUUCAGGUCCCAGUUCGAGCUGGCUAGACCGGCUCCAUGGUACGCCCAGCUCUGGGCCCGGCUGCCCCACGUCUUUGUGGGCCCCCAGGAGAAGCUGCGCAAGGCCGUGGCGCUGCUCUGCUGGGCCUCGCGGAGGUCGCUCCGUGAGAGCGGCCUACACGUCCCGCCCUGGAGGCGGUCCAGCUACAUGCAGGCCAAGUGGUUCCCUUGCCCGGGGGCGCUGCCAGGUGGGGACGGGACCGUGGAGGUGGCCCAGUGGUCGGUGGCUAAGGAGAGAGGGGGCGGGCCCCGGACGUCAGGCCUCUCGACGGAGCUGGCCGCACAGGAUGGCUCCACGUGGAUGGAGUGACAUUUUCAGUUUACUCUUUCACCGUAGGAUUGGAUAGGAUAGGGGUGCCGUGGAGGUCGUCACGUCAGCAGCCAGUGCUCUGUAGGAGCGGUAAGCUUUUUUUUUUUUUGAGAUGGUCCCGUACAACCCGUGGACCAUACGUGCGUGCGAGAACUGCAUCUCGAAUUUAUUUAUUUUUUGCUCACGCAGCCAACAGUUGUGGUACUCUCUGACAGCCCCGGCACCAUGUUUCGCGGUGGGUUUUUCGAGCGACUGUUGAGUUCAAGCGUGACCUCUCUGGCCGCACAGUGAUUUCUCCUGUUCUU